ACAUAAUAAUCAAGAAAUGUUAGGAAGUUACCAUUUAAAUAGCAAUUUUGAUUACAGUGCUUAUCAUUGGUUGUAUUAUUUUUUAAUAAUUCAACAGGUCUGUUUAUUGCGAAGGAAAACAGCGACAAUUGUUUGUUUUAACUUGUUAUCUGGUUUGUGCCGGAGUGACGUGAUAAUAAACUGAUUUUAUAGUGAUUACUAACAAGAAAACAAAAAAUCAUGUAAGUAUUACUAUCAUAUUGGUAAAGUAAAUUCCACGAAAUUUCAUUAAAUGUUAUGGUUUUAGCUGUAAACUUUAUAUCGUGCAAUAAACUGUUUUUCCAAAAUAAUGUGAAAAUUUCAACAAUUACGUAACUUUAAUGAUUAUAUGGGAACAUAUUAUAUUGGGGUGAUUAAAUAAAAAACAAAUUCCAUUCAUAUUAACGUUUUAUCUAACCUUUAGUCCACUAAUUUCUGAUGCAAAAUUUGAAAAUUAUUAAAGAAUAAUCUAAAUAUUUCCUAAAAAUUUACCUGAGCUAAUACACGUUUUCGGUCUUUUCUAAUAAAAUUUAGAUACAGGCUCUGAAGACGAUAACUUGGUAAUCGAAACGUGUAAUCGUGAGUGUUAACAAUGUAUUCAGUAUAUAGAACCUUGUGAAGACGUACAAAGAAACGGUCGAAUCCAAAUAAAAGUAAUACGGUAACUUGGAAGGAAAAGGAAAAAAAAUGGGAGGAGUCGGCAAGGAAAUUUAAUGAUAAAAAUAACCAAAACGGUCAUAUUUUCACAACAAAUUUAAAAAUUAAGUUGAAAAAUUUAAAGAUUUGCUCUCGAACGAAUAACUUUUUGUUUUUUCGGCGUGUCGACUGUGUUGAUAAUUUCUUCAUCAUCAUCAUCAUCGAUUUCAUCAAAUAUAAAGUGUGAAUCUUCAGUUUGAUGUUAAAUUGAAGUUUAAACUACUCCCAGACUGGGGUUUGUAAAUUCAGUUGGACCUUAAUGAGAAGAUCUAAGUUACGUUUUCUUGGCAGUUCAGAUUAGUUCCAGCUUGCAAGGUGCAGUGUGCAAUCUAUUGUGAAUUUGAUUGGAAGGGCACCCUCAAAUUUCGUAAAUACACUCGAAUGUUUGUAAAAUAAGUUUAUAUGAAAGGAAAUGGAAGGGAAGGAGUUAAAAACUAAUUAUUUAGGAGUCGAAUUAUAUCUUAAUUAAUGAAAUUUUCUCACGCAUAGUAUUAAGGUUAUGAUGCCAUAUUUCAAUUCAGUUUGAUAUAAUCAUUUUCUUAAAACAUUAUUUAGCCCGAAAUGUUGAGACUUUGGUAACAUUAAAGCGUCGUAUUUCCAGUCAUGGUUUGUUCGAUUUACUGUUGAGAAAGUUAGGUUUGGUUACCAUUACUUUGUAUUUAGUUUCAUUCAACUAUAAAGUUAACAAUCUAUAAGUACUAAUAUACACCCAAAUAAUCUGAGUUUAAAAUGGGUGAGGUUGUUUCGCAUCUUCAGAUACACUUAUUUAACAUAUUUUUAGUGUCUAUGAGGAUGGUCCCAACAAAGAAAACACAAAAAUUUUGUAAAAACAUAUAUUGAUUUUUCAACGUAAUCUCUUUUUAGCUCCAUACAUUAAUUUCGAUACUCUUUAUAUAAAAAGCACUGCCGAUAUCACCUCUUCAUUUUUGGAAAAUCUUUGACCACCGAUACAUUUUAUCAAACCUUGGAACAGAAAAAAAUCAUCCGGGGGGGAUAAAUCUGACGAAUAGGGUGCAUGAAGUAGCAAUUUAAACUUUAAUUUAUUAAUUUUGGCUAUUGCAAUAACGGAUGUGUGAUCUGGUGCAUUGUCUUGAUGAAACAACACCGUUUUUACUUGUUUUCUUCGUUGCAAUAAGUUCUCAUAAUACUCGACGCUGAUAGUUUUUCCUUUUUCGAGGUUAGUCAAUGAAAAAUAUCCCACGCGAAUCUCGUAAAACCGACACCAUGACAUCGCCUGCAGAUGGAACGGUCUUUGCCUUCUUUGGUACCGGUUCUCCCUUUUCAGUACAUUAUUUUGAUUGUGAUGGACCUACGUUUCAUCCAUAGUUAUGAAACGAUGCAAAAAUUCGUUUUAUUUCUGUGAAACAUUGCGAAACACUUCAUGGAAACAUCUUCACGUCGCUGUUUUUGUUCCAUUAUGAGCAAAUGUGGCAUCAAUCUUGCACGCAGCUUUCUCAUGUCCAAAUUUUAAGCUGAUAUACUUGUUAAAAUGUCUACUAUGUCUGCUAGCUCGCGCACUUUCAGUCGAUGAUCAUCCAGUGGAUUUAUUUCAACAUUUCUGGAAUCGUCACCUCAUUUAGUCGACCAGUGUGGUGCUGGUCUUCGCAGGUCGUACGGCCUCGUUUACCCAAUAUUUUAUUGUUGAUAUCGAAGGAGUAGUCUCACUCUUUUAUUUUUACAAAUUCACUGGAAACUUAAUUAUUAAACAACGUGGUUUCUGAAGCAUAUGCUGUAUAGAUUGUGUACUUUCUAAUGCAGUGGUUUUUCUCGAGUAACUACCGCCAUCUCUAGGUUAGGCCAUGUACUUCUUGAAUCAUAUUCGUAUAUACGAAAUUGCAGGUGAUUUUGAGAGUUUACGUUUUCGAAACUCAAGCCAAAUCCUUUACAGAUAAACGUUUAUUAUAAUUGUUUUUAAAUCUUAAUUUUUGAGACCUAUGCAGCACUGCAAUAAUAAUGCGUUAGCCGCCUCUGUUAUUAUAAUGUAAAAUUAGAAAUAAUAAACAAUCUUUUUUUAUUAUACGUUGCACGAUUAUAUGCGAAGUACUUCCAAUAUAAAUAUUUGUAAAAAUGCGAUUAAAAAAAAUUGGAACUUUUUUGCAACAUCCUCAUCGAGGUGUGUGUACUGCAAGGUCGUGUUUAGACUAUAACUCAUUAUAAUACUACCGUGACUAGGAACAUUGUUAUUAUCCCAAUUCGUAAACAAAUACCGUACAGUUAGUGCGAGAAAAAAAGUGAUUAUUAAAAAAGAAAAAAAAUUUGUACAGUGGUUUCAUAAACAUUAAUUGUUUUAAUUUUAGAGGGACAGAAACGUUGCUAUGAAAAGGCGAAAACCUACAUAUCCAGGAUCAUUGACAGACCUGCAUAGAUUCAGAAAAACCGCCCACGGUCACGAUGGGUCCAGUAGAAUUGUCAUGGUUAGAAAGACUGAUCAAAGGACGUUUGCUUCAAUUCAAGACGGACAGGAACCCAAAUUGGAAACAAUCACAAGAGAGACAAUCGAAACUUUUAGAGGUGAAAGAACGGAAUGCAAAAUCACUACUGAGACAAAAGAUAAAGAAGAAAAGUGCCCUCCAGAUUUAAUAGAAGCUUUGACUGGUAAAGUAUCGAAGAGUAAUAAGAAACCUACUGUGAAGAUUAAAAAUUCUAAAAUGGAUUUCCAACAAGAGUGCCUUCAAGCUCACAACGAGUACCGACUUAAUCAUGGCGUCCCUCCAUUGAAACUUAAUAGAGAUAUGUGUAAAUUUAGUGAAUAUUGGGCAAAUAAUUUGAUAAAGAAAAGCGUUUUAACUCAUAGCAAUAACAGGGAUUACGGCGAAAAUUUAUUUUGCAUUCAAUCGUCCAAUCCUAAUUUUAUUAUAGAUGGAAAGAAGGCUGUGGAAAAUUGGUAUGAAGAAAUUAAAUGUCACACGUUUGGAGUUGAACCAAAUAGCUUAGCGUCCGGACAUUUCACUCAGGUAGUGUGGAAAGAUUCUAAAGAAUUGGGAGUGGCUUUUGCGAAAUCUGGAGGUAAAAUAGUUGUUGUAGCUAACUACUUUCCAGCUGGUAAUAUCAUAGGUCACUUCGCAGAAAAUGUACCACCAGUAGGCGGCUUCCAAACGAACAAUAAUCAUAUCGAUUUAUCUGAUAAGAUAAACAAAUUGUCAAUCAAGUUUACAAAGUCACCAUCACAAAAAUUUAACGAAGAAAUAACAGAAGGUAACUUUGAGGAAGAUUUCUUGGAGGCGCAUAACAAUUUUAGAAGAAGGCACGGCGUACCACCGUUGAAACUAGAUCGAAAACUUUGUAAAUACAGUCAAGAAUGGGCAACGUACCUUGCUCAACGUAAUAUCCUCGAACAUAGACCUGGAAGUAAUUAUGGAGAAAAUAUUUAUUGUAUUUUCUCAUCGGACCCUAAUUUUACGAUUAACGGUCAUUCGCCAGUGGAAACGUGGUACGAGGAAGCGUCGCAACAUCCGUUCGGAAAAGAACCGAGUAAUUUGAAAUCGGGGCAUUUUUCUCAAGUGAUCUGGAAAUCGAGUGAGUUUUUAGGAGUUGGAGUUGCCAAGAAUUCUCAAGGUAGUACAUACGUCGUUGCCAAUUAUUCACCAGCUGGUAACUUCGUUGGACACUAUGUAGAAAAUGUUCCUGCAGCGAAACCUAUCGUUUACGAAGAAUCUAUAAGGACUGGGAAAGAUAGUCGUCCUAGUACUUCCAGUAUUACUUCUCUAUCCGAAAAUUAUGGAAAAUUUUCAGAAUUUGCUAUAGAAUCUCUUAAAAUUCACAACGAAUAUAGAAGAAAACACGGGGUACCGGAUUUGGUAUUGAAUGAGGAAAUGUGUCAAUAUGCGCAAGAUUGGGCCGAUACUUGCGCGCGAACUGCUAGCUUGCAGCACAGAGCAAAUUCGAAUUACGGCGAAAAUAUUUUCUCUGUAUAUUCUUCUGAUUACAGUCAUACACCUACUCCGAGAGACGCUAUUAAGGAAUGGUAUGAUGAAGUUAAAAGGCACACGUUCGGCGUGGAGAGAGUUAAUCAGAGCACAUUACAUUUUACACAAGUUAUUUGGAAAGAUAGUAAAGAGUUGGGAAUAGGAAUGGCAAAAAACAAAAGAGGCCAAACGUAUGUAGUAGCUAAUUAUUCUCCAAGGGGAAAUUACAUAGGGCAAUUCGUCGAGAAUGUUCCUCGACCAAAAUCUUGACGCACGAAGAGUCCGAAAAAAGUACAUUUCACAUUAUAACAUUCCAGUUUUUUUAUAUACCAAAGAAUUUACUUUUAGUUUUACUAUUUUACUAAAAUAUAGUAUUUUUAGUUUUUAAUAAUAUAAUUCGGUUAUUCUUAGAAAUUUACUGAUUAUUCUUAUGAAUAUUGUCUACGUUAUUGAUUCAUUACCUUGUCUACUUUAGCUGUUGAGUACCUGGUAGUUAUUAAAGAUCAUUCCACCUUCACAUCUAAUUCCACCUGAACGUCAAUUCUUCUCGUCCUUUCGGUCAAUGUUUUUAUAAUAUUUACCAUGUUUCUAACAAGGAUGUAGAUGAACGUCGCUUUUUUCUUCGAUUUCCAUUAUAUAUUUUCGUAAAUGUCAUUCAUAUAUCUCAACCAAACCAUUGGGUGAUAGGAGCUGCUGUUUGAGGCUUGUUCUUCAAAUUCAUCCAUAAAAAAAUUGGCUACCACCGAGCUUAGAGGGCUUAUUAAAGUCUUCACGGAUUCCUUAUCUGAACUUAUACCUUUUCACCAAUAAUUAAUAUAUAGCACAAGAAACUAAUAUGACAGUAUGUAUGAGCUGGGAUUGAAGUCAAUGAUAGUUGCUUUCCAAUAUAUUGAGCACUUUGGAACAUACUAUUGAUGAGCAAAUGCAAGACCAAGAUCGGCUUAGUCUUGAUCUUGGUCUUGCAUGCGUGGUUUUGGUCUUCCAGCCUCAUAUGUGAUCUUGAUCUUGGUUUUACAACCUCAUAUGUGGUCUUGGACUUGCAUGCGAGGUCUCGGUCUUGCAUACGUGGUCUUCGUCUUACAGCCUCAUAUGUGAUCUUGGUCUUGGUCUUACAACCUCAUGUGGUCUUGGCCUUGCAUGCGCGGUCUUGGUAUUGAUGUUUGAUCGAAAGACCAAGACCAGUGUCACUGUUCACUAGAUCUAACUUCGUGUCAAGUGUCAAAUUUUGCUGUGUCCGAAAUAUAACGUACUCAGAAGUACAUCUUUGUAAUUAUACUUUCCACUACAGAUUAUCUUCUUAGGCUCUUUUGUAGUCUUCUUUAUUGAGUAAUAAUGCAUGUUUUGUUCUUUUUCUGUAUCCACACAAAUGUAAAUCUGAAUAAAUGCCCACAUAACCUCAAUUCUACAGUUUGAUGUUUAAGGCGCCAUUUUGAAGCUCAUGAAGCCCAAUCAUUUGUCUGGUGUUUGAGUAACGAGGGGAGAGCGCAACUUUGACGCACAUAUCUCAAAAACGAGAAUUUGGGACAUGCGUUUGAAAUUUUUUUUAUGCUCCGAUUGGGUGCUCAAAUUGUGCAAAUGGAAAGCAAAUAAUAUAGAGUGGUUUAUACACAUUCUUAUUGUUUUUUAACCUUCAAUGACGUCAAUUGUACAACAGUGUAUUUAUCGAAUAAGGGUGUUUUUAAAAUCGAAUAUUUCGUAAGUAGUUUUAAGUUUAUUUUCAGUUUUAUAUUAUGAAAAAAUAAUCAAGGCCUAAGAGUUUUGUUAGUUUAUCGACUGUAUUGAACUUUUUGAUAAUAUAAGCUAAAAUAAAUUCCAGCCAAAGAAGCUAGAAAAGUUUAUCGUUUACAUUCCAUACCACUAAUAUAUAUAUAUAUAUAUAUAUAUAUAUAUAUAUAUGAAAAAAACAUUGUUUAUAACUUUUUACUCUUGUUAUAUUUGUGAUGUUGGAAAUAAAAUGUUGAAUAUUU